UGUUAUAUUAAAAGAGUUGUUGGUUAUUUCGUUUUUAGGCGGUUCUUUAAUGCUGUUUUACACGCAAGCAAUAUAUUAGUAGACUGUACUUUAUGUUCCUUAAUAACAACGGAAGUCGGUGGAUUAUUCUAUCAGCUUGUCACAAUGCUCAAGUUUUAUUCACGUUUUGAAAUUGAUGAUGUUACAGGUGAAGCCCUCACUCAUGACCAAAUGACCGAAAUGCAUUAUACUCAUGUCAUGAAGCUUCAAAAAGCCGCUUUCAAUUACUUUAGAGAGAGCAUGUCCGAUUUUUAUCUACUGAAUGUAAGUGCAGUGGAUACGAGAAAAGCAUUAGUUAAACAGUUCUCGUCGAUCAGUGAACUAGAAUUGUACAAGUUUGCAGAAUAUCUGCAUUUGGUGCCUCCACAAGAGUCUGUGAGUAGUCCAUCAAACUUGACGAAAAAUUAUCUUAUUGAAAUGAUUACAUCACGUUGUGAGCGACGUAUCAAUCAGUUACAGCAGCUCAAUGAUCAACCACUUUAUCCUACUGAAAAGGUUAUCUGGGAUGAAAAUCUUGUACCAUAUGAUCAUUAUAAUGGUGAAGGGGUUCUAGCUUUAAACAAAUUAAAUAUUCAAUUCUUGACAUUUCACGAUUAUCUUUUUCGCAACUUUACUCUUUUUCAACUCGAAUCGACUUACGAAAUUCGUCAAGAUAUUGAAGAUGUUUUAAUUCGGAUGAAACCAUGGGCUCAUGAAUCUAAUCCAAAUGAUAUCGUGUGGGGUGGAUGGGCGCGAAUGGCUUUACCAUUAGCCGAGUUUCAGAUUGUUGAAGUUGGCAAGCCUUUGAUUGGUGAAAAGAGUCCAUCGGUUGUUAAAGCAGAUCUGAUGGUUCAUUUGCCGAAACGAAGUGAUCUUCGUGCGGAAUGGGAAGGUCUUCGAAAGCACGAUGUAUGUUUUUUGGUGCGGUGUCAACCAAAGGCUAUUGUUGGCACUAAAUAUAGUAUCACAAAGCCAUUUAAAGAACAGAUAGAUGUCAGAUCAGUACGUGGUUGCGAAAUCGAAGGCAUGCUUGAUUCAGAAGGGAAAGUCAUUGAAGAAUACGCAAUGAGCAAGGACAAAGAAAAAUUUUUAGCUGCUUAUGAAAAAAAAGUCGUGUUGGAAGGACUGACAAGAAAGUUUCGAGUGUGGCUUGAUGAAAAUCAGUAUCGUCUGGAUACAGAAGAGCAGCAAGAAAGUGCAAUAGAUAAUAUUUAUUAUUCUUUCAAUCUUCUCAUUCGUCGUGAUCCGAAAACAAAUAAUUUCAAAGCCGUACUUGCAACGAUUCGACAAUUGCUGAACACAGAAUUUGUAGUCCCAGACUGGUUACAUGAUCUCAUUCUUGGAUAUGGUGAACCAAAUGCAGCUCAUUAUAAAUCCAUGAAUACUGCAGUAUCUGUGAUGGAUUUUUGCGAUACGUUUUUAUCUUACAAGCAUCUCAUUUCAUCAUUUCCGGAUAUUAAAAUCGUGGAAACGUCAGGAAACGAUGAAUGUCUUGUACCACCUUUCAGAUUGACUUUCAAAGAACUUGAACCACAGCAUAAUGUAGAGCCAUCUAAUUGGGAUACAUCAAUUGUUGUGGAAUCACACGUUUUACCUUGCCGUGGUCCGUAUCCUCAUGUUGAACCACGCAAGAACUCAAUUCAGUUUACUCCAUCGCAGAUAGAAGCAAUCAAAUCAGGUAUGCAGCCGGGUUUAACAAUGGUUGUUGGUCCACCUGGUACCGGUAAAACCGAUGUCGCCGUCCAGAUCAUUUCUAAUAUUUAUCAUAAUUGGCCUGAGCAACGAACACUUAUUGUUACGCAUUCUAACCAAGCUCUUAAUCAAUUAUUUGAGAAAAUUAUACAGUUAGAUGUAGAUGAGCGUCAUUUACUGCGAUUAGGUCAUGGAGAAGAAGCUUUGGAAACAGAGAAAGAUUUUAGUCGGUAUGGUCGAGUAAAUUAUGUUCUGCAGAAACGAAUCGAUUUGUUAAAAGAGGUUGAAAAGUUACAAGAAGCUCUGGAAGUGGCAGGUGAUGUCUCAUACACGUGUGAAACUGCUGGAUAUUUCUUUCUUUACCAGGUAUUCGCAAGAUGGGAAAAAUUUGAAAGUGAUGUUGCACGUUCGGAAACUAAUCAAAAUCCGACAACACAGUCAGUGGCGGAAAAUUUCCCCUUUACUAAAUAUUUUGCAGAUGUUCCACAUCUUUUCAAAGGUAUCUCUUUCGAUGAAGAUUGGGAAAUUGCUCAGGGUUGCUGGCGAUAUAUUCGUGGAAUUUUUUCCCAGCUUGAAGAAUUUAGAUCUUUUGAAUUACUGCGUUCAGGUCGAGAUCGUACAGACUAUCUUUUGGUAAAAGAAGCAAAAAUUAUUGCUAUGACUUGCACUCAUGCAGCUUUGCGCCGGAAGGAUUUAGUAGAACUUGGAUUCAGAUAUGAUAAUAUCUUAAUGGAAGAAGCUGCGCAAAUUCUUGAAGUGGAAACUUUCAUACCUCUUUUACUUCAGGAUCCACAAGAUGGUAGGAGCCGUUUAAAACGAUGGAUUAUGAUUGGUGAUCACCACCAACUUCCUCCUGUUGUUCAAAAUGUAGCUUUUCAAAAGUACUCUAAUAUGGAACAAAGCUUGUUUGCUCGAUUUGUCCGACUUGGUGUGCCUUAUGUUCUACUCGAUCAGCAAGGCCGUGCAAGGGCUGAAAUAGCAGAUCUUUACAACUGGCGAUAUGAGCACUUGGGUAAUUUGCCACAUAUUGAAGCUCUUCCGGAAUAUCAACGUGCAAACCCUGGCUUUGCAUUCAAUUAUCAGCUUAUCGAUGUGCCUAACUUCAAUGGUAUUGGUGAAACUACACCCAGUCCUUAUUUUUAUCAGAAUCUUGGUGAAGCAGAAUAUGCUGUGGCGCUCUUCACAUAUAUGCGUAUUUUGGGUUAUCCUGCUCAUAAGAUAUCAAUUAUAACAACAUACAAUGGCCAGGCUUCACUUAUACGAGAUGUCGUUCAAACACGAUGUGCAGACAAUCCAUUGAUUGGAGUGCCACAUAAAAUCUCUACAGUUGAUAAAUAUCAGGGUCAACAAAAUGAUUAUGUCAUUCUUUCCCUUGUCAGGACCAAAAAUAUUGGUCAUAUCAGAGAUGUUCGCCGCUUAGUUGUGGCUCUUUCUCGAGCACGCUUAGGUCUUUAUGUGUUAGGACGAGUGAACUUAUUCCGAAAUUGCCUUGAACUCUCUACUGCAUUCAAUAGACUGUGUAAAAAUCCACAGAAGUUGAUGAUAGUUCCGAGUGAAACGUAUUCAAUGUAUCGAAAAAAUGGUAAUCCUCCUGUGUCGAAACCAAUAAUGAUCCAUGAUACGGUUCAUAUGGGUACUUUUGUUCAUCAAUUCUAUAUGAGCAACAUGGAACAAAUGAAAGAAAGCUAUAAGGAUCAUAUGAAGGAUUAUUUUGAUGCUUGUCAGGUAAUCAUUUAUUAUAUUAAUUUGGUGUAG